AUGUUACUUGGUGUUGUGGUCGUUAUCCUUGUCCAGACAUGGCAAAGAUUAGCACACCAACUUUUGUAUUGCUUUCUCGAGGCGCGAAGACGGAGAUAUAGGGCUGCAGCAGAUCUCAGGGCAAACCCUGGGUCUGAAGAUAGAGAGAUAGAUGUUAAAAAGGGGAAUAGGGAUGAGAGAGAGACGAAGAUGCAGAGAGUGCAGAUGGCCGGGAGUAACGAAGUGAGAGACAGCAAGGUUACUGAAGGGAGCAAGCAGGUGGAGAUGGUUGGCCAAGUUCCCUGCCCAGCGCCCAUCCACGGUGCUGCAAUUAUGGAUCCAACCGGCCCACCCAUGGCUGCCAGCAGGAAACAAGCGUGGAGUGGAUCUGACACUGUUUCUUCCGCCUUGUGGUCCCAUGGAUUACGCAAUGGCAGAGAUCGCGAGUUUAAUCAAACGGCGAGCCGUCUUCUAGAAGCGUAG